AUGAAAGCAUUAGCCUGCCUGAGGUGUUUUCUUCCAAUAGCAGUGUGUUGGAUCAUACUGUUAGCCAUCAUGGAUCUCCGUAUCUACUUUACCUCUGAACUUUCGGAAGACAACGCCAAGCAGACUGCAGAGAUCCUGAACCUGACAUCAAGAAUCCAGGAACUGGAGACACGGGAGAAUCUCACAGACCAGUUGGGCAACCUGACACAAGCCUAUACUGUCUCAGAAAGCAACGUGAAAAACCUGUCUGCAGAAGUCCAGGAGCUGAACAAACUAAACCAGGAGCUGGAGGCCAAGACGAACAACUUGACACAGCAAAUACAAAAUAUGGAGACAACCUGGAAUGAGCUCAACAUCAGUCGAGCUCAGUGGAGCAUCGAUUCCUACUGCAGACAACAUGGCAAUGAAAAGUGUAAAGCUUGUCAGAGGCACUGGUAUCUCACUGAGCCCAGCUGCUAUGCGUUCAAUAACGCUCAGCCUCCUAAUAAAAAAACCUGGGAAGAAGCUCAAGAUGACUGCAAAGGAAAUAAUUCAAAUCUGGCUGUUGCACAUACUCCUGCUGAAAAGGAAGCAAUCAUUACUAACAGCUUUGGAAAUAGAGGAUUCUGGAUUGGUCUGAGAGUUGUAAAUAAGAAAUGGAAGUGGGUGGAUGGAAGUGAUCUGACUAAUAGCUCCUGGAUAUAUCCUCCUGAUCCUGCUGACGGUCGCUGUGCAAUGUUUUACAAGUACAGAAACGCAUGGUUAGCAUCAAUGAGCUGUGAUUAUAAAAAACAAUGGAUCUGCCAGAAGAAGGCUCUGUCUGUUUAA